AACAGUGUGCUAUAGACCGACGGCCUCUGUACUGCAGAAGCUUCACUCAGCUCGAGAAUUGACCGUCUUUCUUCUUACCUCCGGUAUCUGUAUCUGUAUGGCCGCUGCGGCGACCGUUCCAGCUGAAGCGAAGGGGGAUGUUUAUUCGGUGUGGGGGCUUCCGCCGGAGGAAUUGACGCCGCGCCUGAAGCGAUUGAUGGAUGGCCUUAGAUCGGAGUUCGGUGGACCACAGUUCGAGCCGCACGUCACCAUCGUCGGGGCUAUUCGAUUGACGGAGAGCGAGGCGCGCGAGAAAUUGCGAACGGCUUGCGAGGCUCUUAAGGCCUACACCGCUACCGUGGACAGAGUUGCUACAGGCACUUUCUUUUAUCAGUGCGUAUUUCUUCUGCUUCACCCGACCCCGCAGGUGGUUGAGGCUAGUGCCCAUUGCUGCAGCCAUUUUGGUUACAAGAGCUCGUCUCCUUAUAUGCCACACUUGAGCCUCCUCUACGGUGAUUUAUCAAAUGAAGUUAAGAAGACUGCUCAAGAGAAAGCCUACGCCCUUGACGAGAGCAUUGGCAAUCUGAGUUUCCCGGUAUCUCGAUUGGCACUGUACAGAACGGAUACUGAAGACAAAAGUUGCCAGUCAUGGGAGAAGGUGUCUGAAUGCGAGCUCAAAACUGACUAGGCAUUACUAGGCUACUGGCCUUACUAAGUCAACAAAUCUUGUGGUUCUCUUGAACAUGCCACAGAAGUGGCAUAGUCUUGGAAUAAUUUCAAAGAUACUACACUACUUACUGGCCUGGCGAUUUAGGCGGUUUGUUGAUUACUGCGUCCAUGAAAUUUUUGGUGGCAUCUUAGGCUGUUUCUGUCGAAUUAGAUUCAUUAUAUAAUGAUUUGGAUAAAGAUUUGAUCUGGUCCUAUAUCAAAUUUAUGACUAAA